AUGGCCUUAAGAGAUAUUAACAAUCGAUCAGAUAUUUUACCAGGUUACAAACUCGAUGUGAUCAUUAAAGAUACAAAGCAUAAUUCAUUUCAUGCUGUUAAAGAAUUUUUCGAUUUGGUUAGUAAACCACCUAAGAAAUACUUGAUCUAUGGGCCAAUACAAUCAGCUAAUUGCGAAGCGGUAGCUCCUAUAACUAAAUAUUGGAAUCUAAUAACGUUUUCUCCCUCUGCAACCUCCAUGAAACUAGCUAACAAGAAGACCUAUUCCAAUUUUUUUCGAACUUCCAUAUCGGAUUUCAGUUAUAAUCCGGCAAGAAUUGCGGUUAUGAAACAUUUUAAUUGGACACGAAUUGGCUUAAUAAGUCAAGUAACUGACUUAUUUACUUACGCAGCAAAAGAUUUAGAAAAACUUGCCUCAAGGGAGGAUAUUCAGGUUGUAUCGAGUGAGAGCUUUACCGAUGAUCCUACUUUUACAAUCUCUCAAUUGAAGGAAAAAGAUGUACGUAUUAUUGUUCUGAAUGCCUAUCCUGCACAAAUAUUGCAAGUGCUAUGCUCGGCAUAUCUUUAUAAGUUGUAUGGAGCACAAUAUGUUUGGUUCCUACCGGGUUGGUUUUUCGAGAAUUGGAUUUUUGAUAAUUAUCGCCCUAAAACAUUCAACUACAACUGCACUAUGGCUCAACUCUUAGAAGUAGCAGAUUACUAUAUUGCUUUCAAAGGUGUUACCUUACCACGAUUAUCAGAACCAAGACUAGCAGGCUACACGGCUGAAGGAUUUAAUAAGGAAUAUAUUAACUUCGGUGACAAGAUCCAUUUAAGUGGUAGUUAUACCUACGCUUAUGAUGCAGCUUGGACUAUAGCAUUAGCAUUGAAUCGAACACGGGAGAUUUUGCAAAGAAAUUACUCUCGCUCACUUGAUGAUUUUAACUAUAAUGAUUCAACUACCAUGAACAUCCUUCAGAGAGCUAUCAAUGAUGUACAAUUUAUUGGUGUUAGCGGUAAGAUUGUAUUCCAGGAUGGAAAUCGAUUGGGUAAUGUAAGAAUUAUGCAAUAUCAACGAAAGGUUUACAUCAACUAUACGGUAACAGUUGGAUUUUACGACGUUUUUGAGAAGAAAUUAUUUUUCAGCAACUACAAAAAUAAGAUCACUUUCAAAGGAAAUUAUACGCCAGUUGAUCAUGCUAAGAGGAUAAUACGAAGAUUGAGUGUUGGGAAAGAGAUAUUUGCUAUCUUUGCGACAUUAUCUUCCCUUGGUACUCUGUUAAGCCUUUUCAUGAUUACUUUCAACGUUACAUACCGUUCAGUAAGGCAAGUUAAGAUCACAAGUCCACGGGUUAAUGUUAUGCUUCUAUUGGGAUGUGUACUAUGCUACUUAUCUGUUAUACUGUUGGGUUUGGAUUGGAAUCUGAUAUCCUCCAAAACUUUUAUUGCUUCUUGCACUGCAGCCGUAUGGUUAUUGUCGAUUGGUUUUACUUUGGGUUUCGGUUCAUUAUUUUGGAAAACCUGGAGAGUUUAUGCAAUAUACAAAAGCAAAAGUCCUAAACGAAAGAUUAUCCGCGAUAUUCACAUCUUACCAAGACUUGCUGUACUCCUGGUAAUCGAUAUUAUUAUUUUAUCCUUGUGGCAAAUUAUUGAUCCAAUGCGAACUAUCGAAAAUUCAAUUCUGUCCAAGCAUACUUCGUCAAUAGGGGAUUAUGAGAUUACAUCUAUCACGAUGGUUUGCCAAUCCGUAAAUAUGCCAAUUUGGUUAGGUGUUAUAUAUGGCUAUAAAUUUGUGCUGAUGAUCUUUGGUGCAUUUUUGGCUUGGGAAACACGUCAUGUUAAUAUCCAAGAAAUAAAUGACUCUAAAUUGAUUGGUUUAUCUAUAUAUAAUGUUGCCUUGCUAUGCACUGUUGGUGUAAUUCUAUAUCAAUUUACAACAGCCGAACCUAGCACUAGUUACUCCAUCGUGUCAUCCUUCAUCAUUUUCUGCAAUACCGUAACCAUCUGUAUAAUCUUUAUCCCAAUGAUACGAAAUGUUAAAGAAGGUAGGGAUGUAACCUCAUUUUACGCUAAUAGAACCAAUAAAGUGCGGUCUAAUACCAAAGAAGGAAUUAAUGGCACAAUAAAUACGGUCGAUGUUACUACCUAUAAGCGUGAAAUUGAACAGCAAAAUGAAAUUGUUUAUAAACUUAAACAGUUUAUACUAGCAAAUAACAUCAAUGUUCAAGAAUCCGAAGAAAUUCGUAGUCUAUUCUCAACUUAG